UUUUCACCGCAUACUAACUUCUUCAUGCCUGUGCUCAUGAAACCGUCAACAGUCCUGGAAAUCACGAGGGGCCACAAGGACGCCUGGCUGUUUGCAAACCCCGUCAAUGAAGUUGUCUGCCCCGGUUAUUUCAGCAUUGUCAAGGAGCCAAUGGACCUUUCUCUGAUUGCAAAACGAGUGGAAGAUGGCCUUUACACGUCCAAGGAGGCGUUCGUGAAGGACUUCAAGAGGAUGGUGGAAAACUGUGCCUUCUACAAUGGACUCCAAAGUGAAGUUGCUGGCAAGGGGUAUCGUCUCUGGAUGGCAAUGCUGGACACUCUGCACACAGUACAGGGAAGCGACGACGCAAGCGGCUCGGCCAGACUUUACGUCCCUGGGAGCAUCGGCACAUCAAAGACCAAAAUGCCAACAAGCAAACAAACGACCGAGCAGGAGAGCAACAACCAAAGCGACCUGAACGAGCAGUAUGCUCCAAAGAGCAUCAGAGUGCAGAAGAGAAGAUCUGUGUCAAUCCAAAGAGAGCGAAGAAGAAAGAGAACCAUGAGAAUGCAGGGUCAAGACGAUACGAGCGACUCGGAUCAACUCUACGUCCCGAGGUUCGUCCGCUUGUCUACGUCCGAGCCCCUCAAGAGGCACCUGAGGAGCAGCCGAGGAAAAGCGUGCCAGGAUAGUGACACAAGCGACCUGGAUCCAGUCUCGGCUAAUGUCCCAGUAGCUCAGACACAGUCAGAGUCAAUCCAAAGACAGUCAAAAGCCACACACCAGGAGAGUGACACGGGCAACUUACAUCGACUUUAUGUACCCGCUAGCAUCCUAAUAACUCGAACACAGUCAAAGCCGAUCCAAAGAGAGCCGAAAGGAACACGUCAGAACGGUUACGCGAGCAACCCAGACCGAUUGGAUGUCCCAAUAGCUCGAACACAGUUUAAGCCGAGCCACAGACGGUCGAAACGGGAAGAGGCACAUGUGCCUAAAGAGCAAAAUGAAACUGUUGUGAAGCGGAAGAGGGGAAGACCUCCCAAGUCAGUCUCAAGAAGCAUUCUGAAGACUCGACCACCCAAGGACCCAGCUAUGGAGGCCCUGUCGUCUGCCACGAGAAAAGCGCUCGAGGACUCUGCGGACCUGACGUACGACAUCUGCCGACUGGAUGGCAGCCUGGAAACCAGCAGCGACGUCGUCGGCUACUUCCCGGACCUCAAGAUCGGCGGCACGCAAAGUCACCCCAGUGAGCUCAUCUCAAAGCUGCACGACGCCCGAGGAAGGUCGGAGGGCUACACAAUCGCCGAAGGCACCCAAACUGCCAACAACUCGAGCCAUGCUGAGGCGUACGACCAACUCGUAGACAAGAUCGACAUACUCGAACACGGCGCCAACGUCCAGCCCGAUGUGGAGAAUGCUGCGCAAACAACCGAGGCAGAAGAUGAGGAACACAGAACUAACCAAAUUGGCGAGCCUACGGUUUCGACGGUUUGCGGUACAGACGAGAAAAACGACAGCACCGACUCGACGACAGAGCGACAUUCUGAGAGCGACGAAACGGGUCGUCGGCCUGAAACCGAGAUUGCUCCAGACUCGCCCGAGAUCGCCGCCGUUCCCGACGCAAAAGGAGGGGACAACGCGGUAGAAUGCGACGGUGGAGAGGAGGGAUACUCGGUGCAGAUGUCGUCCCGUCUCGAUCAGUUUGCGGAGCUUGCCCCGAAGACGGACGGCGAUUAUAUCGAAGGCGGGUUCGGGGCUCUCGACGCGAUCCAGGUCAGGUGCAAGUCCGUGCCUCCGCUUAAGUACGCCGGACAAACCUUGGGGCAGCUCCUCGACUCCGCUCCGUUCGACUCCGGCUUACGGGAACGAGAAAACCGCGAAGCCUGCCCCGAGUACCGAAACGAUGAAUCCGCAGCGUCAGAAGUCGCAGACAAGGAGACCUUGUCCGCGGAAAGACACCACAAUCCGAUCUUAGUCCAUCAGGUGGAGCAAAUCCCAGAUGUCUUCCUUGAUUCUCCAGACACGAGAGCAACGGAGCCCGAGCCGAAAGACCCGGAGUCCGUCGAGAGUCCAGAGCCGAGCGAGCGGAACGGCAUCGUCCUAUUGGAUGAUGCUGGGGCUCAAAGCGAAGGAAAGGAGGAACGACUGCCGAAGUCCCCCAAGCUUCCGGCCGACCUGCAGAGUCUGGAGAAGGAGGGCCUCUACUGCGUCGACAGCCCUAAAUCCAGCUUCAGCUUCUCGUCGGGGUACCUGAGCGAGGACGCGGCACUGUCGCCCACGCGUUACCACGGCAACAGCCCGCUACCGCAGCUUUCGCCGUCGAGGCUCUCCCCAUUGCCGCCCACCGGAGCCACGUCGCUGCAGAGGAUGUGCGAGCUCGUCGCCGAGAUCCCCGCGCCACCGACCAUCCCCGGCCGUCUCCCGUCCGUAGCUGCGACUUGUGGGCGUCGCGACAGGCCGGUGCUUAAGCCUGCCCCAGAGCCACGGCCACACCCCAACUGCCGCUCCGUCCAGCCGACGGUCCAGGCGGCCGUCCCUCGCCCGAUCCCCCCGCACGACGCCCGCUCCUUCUUCGUCCCGUCCGCAAACUCCGUCCCUUCCCUCACAAGUGCCGUGGCAUUCCCCGCAAGCACCGCAUUCUCAAACGGUGCCCCCAUGUUCUACAGUUUGAGCCCCGCGCCGUGGAACGACGCCAUGUCGCACGUCCAGUGGAGCUACCCGUCGCUGGUGUGUCAGCAGGGCGGAGCGGCAUCGCGGGGCUACUACGUUCCGCAGGCGGCGCCAAACCUCCUCCUGGACGCGCCCUGGCUGCGGCGGCCGUGGCAGCAGGCCGUGUUUCAGGGCUUCCAAAACGGACCGACGAGCUUACAUCCCGUCGGCGCGAGUCCAAGCGUGGCACCGAACCAAGUCUGGGUCGGGGCACCGAGCUACGGCCACGAAUAUCAUCCCCAGCAGGCCCUGAGCAGCCAGCCAACUGCAUUCAGACUCCACUGUCCAGAGCAGCAACGAGCCAACUUCCUGGUGGUGACCGCAAGCAAACAAGGUUCCAUUCCCUGAGUGGCGCAAGCAGCUGCAGCCAAAACUACCCGUGAUAAAAGUCAGAACUACCUAGAGGCAUUUUCUAAGAAAAAGGGUCGCUUUUAUGACAGUGCACACUCCCAUAAAUGUUUCAUCCGCAGACACACGCAUGUAAAUAGUGACUCUCUCUGCGUGUAAUUAUACGUUAUAUUGUCAAGGUCAACUAACGACGGUUCCUGCCCGGGUACGAAUAAUGUCCUCUCAGGGAACAUGGUCUGCCCUGUACAGCCGAGAAAAGAGGCGACAUAUGUAAACGCAACCCGAAAAAUUGUACCUUAGCUCGCAAUAAAAAUGUAUAUUCCUUC